GGUGAGAAACCUUAUUCUUGUAGUAUAUGUAAAAAGAAUUUUCCAGAGAAAAGUAAUCUGACUGUGCACAGUCGUUCUCAUACUGAUGAGAAACCAUAUUCUUGUAGUAUAUGUAGUAAGAGUUUUUUACAGAAGAUGCAUCUAAAUAUCCACAGUUUCACUCAUACUGGUAUUAAGCCUUAUUCUUGUAGUAUAUGUAACAAGAGUUUUUCAUAUAGGUGUCAUCUAACUGUACACUAUCGCACUCACACUGGUGAGAAACCUUAUUCUUGUAGCAUAUGUAAUAAGAGUUUUUCAUGUAAUAGUCAUCUGACUAUGCACAAGCUUGUUCAUACUGGUGAGAAACCUUAUUCUUGUAGUAUAUGUAAUAAGAAUUUUUCAAGGAAGAGUAAUCUGACUUUGCACAGCUGUGUUCAUACUGGUGAGAAACCUUAUUCUUGUAGUAUUUGUAAUAAGAGUUUUUCAAGGAAGAGUAAUCUGACUAUGCACAGUCGUUCUCACACUGGUGAGAAACCUUAUUCUUGUACUAUAUGCAAUAAGAGUUUUUCAGUAAAGCAUAGCUUGACUGUGCACACUCAAUCUCAUACUGGUGAGAAACCUUAUUUUUGUAGUGUAUGUAAUAAGAGUUUUUCAGACAAGAGCAAUCUGACUGUGCAUAGUCGUUUUCAUACUGGUGAGAAACCUUAUUCUUGUAGUAUAUGUAAUAAGACUUUUUUACAGAAGAUACAUCUAAAUAAGCACAGUCUCACUCAUACUGGGGAGAAACCUUAUUCUUGUAGUAUAUGUAAUAAGAGUUUUUCAGACAAUAGCAAUCUGACUGUGCACAGUCGUUCUCAUACUGGUGAGAAACCUUAUUCUUGUAGCAUAUGUAAUAAGAGUUUUAUGCAGAAGAUAAAUCUAAAUAGCCACAGUCUCACUCAUACUGGGGAGAAACCUUAUUCUUGUAGUAUAUGUAAUAAUAAUUUUUCAAGUAAGAGUAAUCUGGUGGUGCACUGUCGCUCUCAUACUGGUGAGAAACCUUAUUCUUGUAGUAUAUGUAAUAAGAGUUUUUCAACGAAUGCUUGUCUAAUCAAUCACAGUCGCAUUCAUAUUGGUGAGAAACCUUAUAUGAGUUUUUUUACACUGUUAACACUGAUAAGAAACUUUAUUUUUGUGUUAUAUGCAAUAAGAAUUUUUCUCAGAGGAAUAUUACUGUGCACAUUCGCUCUCAUACAGGUAAGAAACUUUAUUCUUGUAGUAUAUGCAAUAAGAAUUUUUUCACAGAAGAGUAAUCUGACUGUGACAGUCUCUCUAAUAGGGAUGAGAAACCUUAUUCUUGUAAUAUGUCAUAAGAGUUUUUCUUCUAGUUGUGAUCUAACUAGACGCAGUCGCUCUCAUGCUGGUGAGAAACCAUGUUCUUGUAGUAUAUGUAAUAAGAGUUUUUCAGAGAAUUGUAAUCUGGCUGUACACAGUCGUUCUCAUACUGGUGAGAAACCUUAUUCUUGUAGUAUAUGUAAUACGAGUUUUUUUUUACAGAAGAUACAUCUAAAUAACCACGUUCUCACUCAUACUGGUGAGAAACCUUAUUCCUGUACUAUGUGUAAUAAGAGUUUUCAGUCAAAAGUAAUCUGACUGUGCACA